AUGUCGUCCUCAACCAUCCGUCUCGCUCAUCACACCCCGCUCCGCCUCCUCGCCCACUCACGACCCCACCUAUCUGCGACCCGGCGCCUGUUUAGCAGCAGCCAACCGUCGAAACGAGAGGUUCGGGAUGCUUUCAUCCUGAGUGCGUCAAGGACGCCAGUUGGUGCAUUCAAUGGCGCGUUCACCACUGUGCCCGCCCCGCGCCUGGGAGCAGUGGCUAUCCAAAGCGCCCUCCAGAAAGCAGACGUUCCACACGACGAGAUAAAAUCAGUCUAUAUGGGACAGGUGCUCCAGGGCGGUGCCGGCCAAGCACCGGCCCGACAAGCCAGCAUCUUCGCCAACUUGCCCCCCACUUGCGAAUCUACCACGAUAAACAAGGUCUGUGCCUCGGGCCUGAAGGCUGUCACUAUCGGCGCCCAAGACAUUCAGCUUGGCGAUGCCGAGACCAUCGUCGCCGGCGGUAUGGAGAACAUGAGCCGGGUGCCGUAUUAUCUACCCCGCGCUAGCCAACAGCCCCCAUUCGGCGAGCAGAAGCUGUUGGAUGGUCUGGUUUCGGAUGGACUAUGGGAUGUUUACAACCAGAUUCACAUGGGCAACUGUGCAGAGAACACGGCCAAAAAAUACGAGAUCUCGCGAGAGGAGCAGGAUGAGUUUGCGAUUUUGUCGUAUAAACGUGCUCAAGAGGCUUGGGCAGCUGGCCAGUUCAAGGAUGAAAUUGCGCCAGUCACGGUCAAGGGCAAGAAGGGGGACGUUAUCGUCGAAGAAGAUGAGGGAUACAACCGCCUGAAGCUUGACAAGGUUAAAACGCUGAAGCCGGCUUUCGUACGUGAUGGCACUGGUACUAUUACCGCAGCAAACAGCUCCUCUUUCAACGAUGGUGCGAGCGCGCUGGUGCUUGGAAGCCGGGCCAUUGCACAGACUCAUGGCAAGGACUCUCGCGUUCUCGCCCGCAUUGUCUCCUUUGCUGAUGCCGCUGUCGACCCGAUCGAUUUCCCAGUUGCUCCUGCCAAGGUCGUUCCUAUAGUUCUUGAGCGUGCCGGUCUCUCCAAGUCUGAUAUUGCGGUAUGGGAAUUUAACGAGGCAUUCGCUGCCGUGAUCAAGGCAAAUGCAAAAAUCUUGGGACUUGGUACUGAGAUAGUAAACCCGAGAGGCGGUGCCAUUGCUCUGGGUCAUGCAUUGGGCAGUUCGGGAAGCAGAAUCCUGGUGACUUUGCUGCACCAGUUGGGAGUGGGUCAAUAUGGCUGUGCAGCGAUAUGCAAUGGAGGAGGCGCAACGACGGGCAUUGUGGUACAAAGGGUGGCACAUGCAGACUUGUAA